AUGCAGAAGAUCUCCAAAUUUGAGAUGAUUGUGUCUUUGGCAUCUAUGAUGGUGGCUUUUGCCCUGAUCUUCCUGGGUCCCAGGCCUGGCUUGAUGGCCCCACUUGAUGGAACAGAGGAUGAUCGUUUUGACCUGGAGAACUCUGACUUGAUUAGUGUAACAGACUGGGACAACCUGGACACUCAUAUUUAUGGUGACAAUGAUGAUUAUGACGACCAAGAGAUUGAAGUAGAGACUGUUGCAGCAAACAUCCACCCAAUAGCCAGUCACGCAAAAGUUGAUCACCUUGAGGUAAAAGUGACUCGGCCUUCUUUGCCUCCAUUACCUGUGACACUGGACUUCAGAGGUUCUGGUCUAUUUGAACCUGAGACCAGACUGGGAAUGCCCACCUGCCUUUUGUGUAUAUGUAUCAGAGGGAGUGUAUACUGUGAUGACACAGGCCUCAAACAGAUACCACCCCUGCCAAAGGACACAAGGCAUUUUUAUGGGCGUUUCAACAGCAUCCGACACGUCAGGAACAAUGACUUCAUAAACCUAAGUAGGCUUCAGUCUAUUGACCUCACCGGAAACCAGAUUACUGAAAUGGAUGAAGAUGUGUUUCGCCCGCUACAGCAGCUUCAUGACUUGUUGUUAGCUGACAACAAACUACAGGCCUUGCCAGAACUUCCACUUACCUUGAAGCACAUUGAUCUACAAAACAACAAACUGAUCAGCAGAGGAAUCCAUUCAGAGUCUUUCAAGGAUAUGAGUCAGCUGGAAUACCUCUACCUAUCUAAUAAUAAACUGGAUUAUAUUCCAACACCACUGCCAUUGAGUCUCAGAGUUUUGCACCUAAAGGGCAACAACAUCCAGUCCCUGCAUGAAGACACCUUCUGUAACAGCCACGAUCGUCACUUCAGUCGGUGGAACCUGGAGGACAUCCGCCUGGAUGCCAAUCCUUUGGACGUCAAUCUCUUUCCUCAGGCCUAUUUCUGCCUGCCACGCCUGCCUGUAGGAAGUCAUUAA